AAGUUAGUCACUUCUCUUCUUUCUACUACUUCACCUGUCAAAAUACUGUCUUUCACAAAUACAAAAUGUCCAAGAGAGGACGUGGAGGUUCCGCGGGAGCCAAGUUCAGGAUUUCCCUUGCCCUGCCUGUAGGGGCUGUCAUUAACUGUGCAGAUAAUACAGGUGCAAAGAAUUUAUAUGUCAUCGCUGUGCAAGGUAUCGGCGGGCGUCUUAACCGUCUGCCAGCGGCCGGUUCCGGAGACAUGAUCGUAGCCACGGUAAAGAAAGGUAAACCGGAGCUCAGGAAAAAGGUCAUGCCUGCGGUGGUCAUCAGGCAAAGGAAACCGUUCCGUAGGAAGGACGGCGUGUUCAUUUAUUUCGAAGACAAUGCGGGCGUUAUUGUAAACAAUAAGGGUGAAAUGAAGGGAUCCGCCAUUACCGGACCCGUUGCUAAAGAGUGUGCAGAUUUGUGGCCCAGGAUUGCGUCGAACGCCAGCAGCAUUGCUUGAGAAUAUGUUUAUUAAUAAAAAAUAAAGUUAAGAAUGUUCUU